AUGUCGUUCAUCUGCACCCCUUUCUUUUUUCGCUCCAUCCAAAUCUCAACAUCGCCCCUUUCAAUCUUCAGUGAUGCCUUGGACGCUCUGGGUCUCCGACGGUACUGCUGCCGCCGUAUGCUGCUCACCCACGUCGAUCUCAUCGAAAAGCUGCUCAACUACAACACGUUCGAGCGGACGAUACCCGAAAACUAA